UGCAGCCUGCGGCGUCGGGGCCGUGGCCUCCGUUUUCCGCGCGCCACUCGCUGGGUCCCUGCGCCCAGGGCGCACGGUGGAGACGGACGCGGAGGCGCCAUGGAGCCGGUGCCUUCUGCCCGUGCGGAGCUGCAGUUUUCGCUCCUCGCCAACGUCUCGGACGCCUUCCCUAGCGCCUUCCCCAGUGCGAGCGCCAAUGCGUCGGGGUCGCCGGGCGCCCGCAGUGCCUCGUCCCUCGCUCUGGCCAUCGCCAUCACCGCGCUCUACUCGGCUGUGUGCGCCGUGGGGCUGCUGGGCAACGUGCUCGUCAUGUUUGGAAUCGUCCGGUACACUAAGCUGAAGACGGCCACCAACAUCUACAUCUUCAAUCUGGCCUUGGCGGAUGCGCUGGCCACCAGCACACUGCCCUUCCAGAGCGCCAAGUACCUGAUGGAAACGUGGCCGUUCGGAGAGCUGCUGUGCAAGGCUGUGCUCUCCAUUGACUACUACAACAUGUUCACCAGCAUCUUCACGCUCACCAUGAUGAGCGUGGACCGCUACAUUGCGGUCUGCCAUCCCGUCAAGGCCUUGGACUUCCGGACACCAGCCAAGGCCAAGCUGAUCAACAUAUGCAUCUGGGUCUUGGCUUCAGGUGUUGGGGUCCCCAUCAUGGUCAUGGCAGUGACCCAACCCCGGGAUGGAGCAGUGGUAUGCACGCUCCAGUUCCCCAGCCCCAGCUGGUACUGGGACACUGUGACCAAGAUCUGCGUGUUCCUCUUCGCCUUCGUGGUGCCCAUUCUCAUCAUCACGGUGUGCUACGGCCUCAUGCUGCUGCGCCUGCGCAGCGUGCGCCUGCUGUCCGGCUCCAAGGAGAAGGACCGCAGCCUGCGGCGCAUCACGCGCAUGGUGCUGGUGGUGGUGGGCGCCUUCGUGGUGUGCUGGGCGCCCAUCCACAUCUUCGUCAUCGUCUGGACGCUGGUGGACAUCAAUCGGCGCGACCCACUUGUGGUGGCCGCGCUGCACUUGUGCAUUGCGCUGGGCUACGCCAACAGCAGCCUCAACCCGGUUCUCUACGCCUUCCUGGACGAGAACUUCAAGCGCUGCUUCCGCCAGCUCUGUCGCGCGCCCUGCGGCCGCCAAGAACCCGGCAGCCUUCGCCGUCCCCGCCAGGCCACCGCGCGUGAGCGUGUCACCGCCUGCACCCCCUCCGACGGCCCAGGCGGUGGCGCUGCCGCCUGAACUACCCGGCCCUCUGCUUAAACGCCCCUCCCAAGUGAUGCAGUGGCCACACCGAGCUCCCUGGGAGGCCAUGGCCACCAUUGGGACAGCUAGAAUAGGGCCUACACAGGGGGGAGGCCUCCCUUGAGGGCCGGGCCUGAGGAAUCAAAGGCUCCGGGUUGGAGGGGUGGGGGUUGGGAGGGCAGAGCUGG